AUGUCAAAGUCAACUGGAAAUUUCAAAACCCUGCGCCAGGCUAUUGAAGAAUUCUCUGCCACUGCUACGAGGGAGGCACUUAAGAAUGGGUUUUACGACUUGCAAGCUGCUCGAGAUGAGUAUAGGCUCUCUUGCGGCAGUGGCGGCAUGAAUCAUGACUUGAUACUGAAGUUUAUGGAUGUGCAAACACGCCUCAUUGAACCAAUCUGUCCUCAGUUUGCAGAGCAUGUUUGGAGGGAACUUUUGAAGAAGGAAGGCUCUGUGGAAGUCCUUGAGAGUAACGUGGAGUUGAUCAAGAGGCAGCUUGGUCUUGAAGAGGUUGAAAUACAUUCUGCUGCUGAUGUUGAUUUAGCUGGUCCACAUGCAUCACUCCUGAAGCAGAAUCCUCCAUCUCCAGGCAGUCCAACCGCCAUCUUUGUUAACAGGUAA